AUGACACGAGAGGGCGUCUACGACCUGAGCUUUCGCUAUUGCCUAGAUCCGCACCUCCAAGUAAACAGAUACGACACACUUCCACUCUAUCUCAUCAGCAAGAAGGGCGGAUAUCGCAAAAUCAACUUUACAGAAAUGGCCCAUAUAAAUGAUGCUGACUGGAAAAGGCCAAUUAAUCCGGACGUCUUUCUUCUGUAUCCGCAAGGUCUUGCAUUGCGCGGAGUCAUUCAAAAAUACAAGAAGACCGGGAUGGUUCCGGAGGUAAGUUCAGAUUCACUGUCACAUUGACCACCUCAACGUCCACUCGGCGUGGUUCCUUGGGGGGCUUUAGUGUUUUUCCGGCUAUGAUCUUUGCACUGAAUCUAUCCGGGCGGCCAUUCUGGCGAAAGGGACUUUCGUCAACUGUAAGCUCUCUCCCUCACUCUCAAUGCUAUCAGCCGAGCUGAUACUUCUCAACCUUAAUGUCGAUCAGCAGACUAAACUACGUUUCAAAUUUAGAGGUAGGAAUCUCCCAGAAUUGGUCGUCCUCUUACGGUCGACGUUAUGUCGAAUUCUGUCGUCAGGCCUCCUACUCAGAAGCAUAUUCUGAAAGGGAAACGAACCGAGCUGUUCUUCUUACAGCGGGAAUUUGAUUCGUAGGGAGCCUGAUUUAUAUUAUCCUGUCAAAAUGAGGCGUUGUUUUGCUCCGUUGCUAUCCACCUAACAGCCAUAGUGUCUUUGGCCGUUGAUCUGGGGACGAAAAUGGUAAGCCUUUGUUUUGCCCAUGAAUAUAUGCGUCAAAACCGGGCCAAGGGGCGAGCGCACGUCUUCUCAGAGGAUUAUGUCUUUAUCUACUUUUAUGCUUUUUGAUGUUUGUUGUUCUUUUCUGCGAGUUUCGCUCUUCUUGUGUUGCAUUAACAAAGAGGGGGUUUGUGGCGGAUCAACGCUUUCGUCCCUUCUAAAGUUUGUCUUAACUGAAAAACAGAUUCAAAAGCGGCAAUUAUGCUGUGUUGAAAACGGCUCCACGUUCCAGGACUGCAAGGUGUGUGCCGGUGAGGGAUUUGGAAGAAGUAUCGUGGACAAGGUCGCCGGUCGAGUUAUCUGAGCGAGCUGGUCUCAGUUGAGUUACUUUAUUGAUACUUCUUUGCUCUUUUGUCACGAACCUUUCAAGCAUGAUUGAAAAUGGUUUCCUCAAUAUCCUUCGAUCCUUCACCAGUAGUUGCCACGAAAUAUGACUUCGAUUGAGCAAUUCCUGGGCCGUAGCGCUGAAGUAUUCGAUGGCAAUCAUGCAUAAGUACUCUAGUCAUUCUUCUGCCGUGUCGCGCCAAAGUCUCCCUUGCCAAGGUUGAAUUCACAGUCAGCUUAUGGUUGACCCACUUUGGAGGAAAGUCUUGGUCAAGACAGCGAUAAAUAAAGUGCAGUUGCGCUUGUGUUGACGCAGUCCGGGGGGCGAAUUUCUCCCGACGGCGCGCUGCACGGAGCACUGAGACUCGAAAGUCGAGCUCAAGUUAGCAAAAUUAACAGAUCCGGAUCGAUAAUCUAAGCAAAGUUAAGUGCUUACCAGAUCAAUCGUUCACUUUUGGUAGACAAAUGUAUUUACAAAUCAAAGGAACCCCCUUGGAGUAUCGCAUAUCAAGGCUGAUUGCUGAAAUGAUCCUUCAACGGGAAGAGCGCUCGGUGUUCACCAAGUAUCUACCAAAGUUCUGGGUUCGUGACGUCCAUGACCCCUUCGCCAUUGCCAAAUCAUCUGAUGUGGAGCACUUUAAAGAAUCGCGGAUUUUGAUUGACCCGAAUAUCCAAUUCACGAUGGAAGCUGAAACAAACAACCAACUUCCCUUUCCCUAUGUCCUUCUGCGUCGGUGUGCAACUGGGCAAUUACAAACUACCGUUUUCAGAAAAACCACCAACACAAGAAGAAUACUACACUUCAACAGCAAUCACCCUCUCUCUGACAAACGCAGCUGUGUCCGUACUCUAUUCCAAAGAAUUGAAACACACUGCAGAACACCAUCCGAAAACAGAGUUGAACGAUAAUACCUCCAUGACCUCUGUCGGGCCGAUGGGUGCCCAAGCCAUUUCAUAAAGCAAAUCAAAAGCCGAGUCAACAGGCGACAACCACAGGAAGAAGAAUCCGAACUUUGGAGGGCUAUUCUUUACACUAAAGGAGUCUCCAAUGCGGUUUCACGUACGUUACAAUCAGCCAGGGUUGGCAUUGCCCAUCGACCACAGACAACAAUUCGUCGCCGUUUGUUGCAACCCAAAGACAUACUGCCAACCACUGAAACCUCAGCAGUUGCCUAUCAAAUACGUUAUAACGAUGAAGACUGAAACUACGUUGGGGAAAUCGGGCGGAAAUUGCACACCCGCCUACAUGAGCAAAAACUUCCAAUUCGGAAACUAGACUCAAACCCACGGCUUGCGACUCACAUCAGAGAAACUGAUCAUGGUUUUGACCUUCAAGUAGCACACAUCCUAAGCCUGGGCACGUCAAGGACAGAUUGUCUUACAAAAGAGGCUUGGUACUCAGAUUCCAAAUCCAUCACCAGGCAUAUUGACCUCCCUGCGGCCUAUAAAGUCCUACGUAACUACAUACGCCAUGAGAGGGACAGCAGUACAAUGCCCCUGAUCCGGUGAACCCUGUAUUUUUCUCAGGCAGCCACAAUGGUCAGCCUAGUGUGCCUAAGAUUUUCGCUGAAAAUUAUGCUAGCAGACAAAUGUUGAAAGAAGAACACGAGAAACGAAAUAGUGUUUUCGGUUUCAACAGCUGUGAUAGGCGCACUGAGGCCUCCGGUCUAGUGUCUACUUUGAAUAUUGUGUGGUGUUAGGUAAUGGAGCUGAUGUCGCAGAAGGACACCGGGGGCUAAAUCGAAGUUCAGCCUAAAACAAGCUAGUAUACUCACCUGGAAUAUUCUGCUAAAUUCAAGCACGUGCGGUCGACAUCGGCACACCGAAUGUUCUAAACCCUGGUUGGUCAAUUUUUACUGUCGGUAAACAUCCCUCGACAGGUUAUGCAGCACUCCGUGCGUGAUGAAGGCCCGUAUAUAUUAUUGCCCUAGAAAGUGUGUGUUUUACUUCCGAGUUUAGCUGAAACAACUAGAACAGACUAAAUCAUGGCAUCUCCCUUCACGCUGAAUCACCGCGCAUGGAUUUCUCUCCUCGCGUUGCUGGGAUUCCUUAAGAUAAUCCACGAUGCCUACUUCACAAGAGAACGGUUGGUAAACGUUGUCGAAACUGUGAAAAUGGGAGUUUGCUCGACUGUAUGCGACGACAUCUGGGUUGAAGUCGGUGAAAUGACACGGGACGGCGCCUACGACCUGAGUCUUCGUUACUGUGUUGAUCCGCAUCUCCCAGUUACCAGACACGACUCAUUUCCCCUCGGUACCAUCAGCAAGAAGGGUGGAGAUCGCAAUAUCAGCUAUGCAGAGCUGGUGCAAAUAGGCGAUACUGACUGGAAAAGGCCAAUUGAUCCGGACGUCUUUCUUCUGUAUCCGCAGGGUUUUGCACUGCCUGAACACAUCAAGAAUUACAGGGACACCGGCUUUGUUCCUUAGGUGGGUAAAAUUGAUUCAUCAAAUGCAGUCUUUGAUACUGUUCGGAAGAUAAGGUAAACGAUGAAGGAGAAUGUUCCAAAGACCUCUUGGUCUCGCUGUGCUUGCUAGCACACAGUACCUGACUGAUUUUCUUUAACAAAGAAGAUCGCGCGAGCAGCAGAACAAUUGGUUUAUCUUUAUAAGCCAGAUCGUUUCGUGUGUACGCGAUCCGAGCAUACGCUCAGUCUGAUCUGUGUACUUACAAGGGCAGUUUUGGCAUGGAAUAUUUUGGACAACCCUAGAUUGCUCAGCGGUAUUUAACCAGACAUUUGAUCCCAUAAACUUGCUGUACAUGGUGGCUUUGUGUCUGUGUGCGAUUCCAACACAUAGCCCCGCUUUUGAGGCCAACGUACAGAGCCCUGCGCAGCCACCUCCAGUCAAGCGCCAUCGAUCGACGUUCGACUAACACUCACCCCACAGUUGACGCUGGUUCUGUCGCCACCACUACCCUUGACGAUGGACUUCUGCAGGGAUUCAAAACCUCAGAACAAUAAACAGACUGUCCGACUAGUCCUCCUUCUUUCCUAUAAAUAUGGCAGGAACUUAAAGUUCUAGCAGGUAUAAAAAGUAGACAAAAGUUCAACCGUCGUGAACGACGAUGUCCCCUGUGUGUUUCACAGCAGGAACGGUAACUUGCGCAGCAUCUACCUCAACCCCCUCUUUCCCCACCGCGACCCGGUGUCAAGACAGAGCCAAGAAGACAUGGGGGGGAGCGGACGUAGGCGCGUGACGCAGCCGAACACCCCCAACUGGGCGCACCACUACACCCUCUGGUCCACAACGUACGCAGGAAUAAAUGGGGCUGGCUCGGCUUUUAACGCACCUUGGUAUUCUUAAGCGCGUCAGAUUGCUUGUAGUGAGGGAUUAUGCGCUGAGGGGGUCGAUCUCACCCUCCCAGACACCAGUUCACUGUCCGAACCGGUGGCUGUCUGACCUGGGAAUAGGAGCAGUGGACGAAAGAGCUAGAGAGUCCGUCUACGCGCGCCCCACGCACGACCCGGUCCCCAUACGCACACACAAGGGGGACAGAAAGCCCAGACGUCCCACAAACACAGAGAAAUGGGAAGCCGCCUGGAGAAAUGAGUUAAAUGGCACGCUCCUUACCUACGUGAGAGGUGCCGGUGAUGUGUGGGAUUUUGGAGAAAUGUACGCGUGCUGAAUGUAUUGACGGGGAAUGUGUGUGGAGCAGGGUGUGCGGAAUGGAACGCCAAGGUGCGGGCUCGGCCCCGCCAUCCACCUGUGCCCUCCCGCACCUCCGGUCUUCUUGACUCUGUCAUAACACCGAGUCCAGGUGGCGAAUUGGGAGGAGAGAGUGCGGUAAAUGCCGUGUAAGUCUACGCGAAUCGCCGUCCCCGUUCUCACCUUGCAGUAGAUCUAAUGUAAACUAUAUGGUAUGCACGAAAUUUUUUCAGGUUACGCAUUUUUAAGGAUUCUCAAUCCCAAUCACUUUAUUUUCAAUGCCCACUAUUAGUAUCUUUGUGCUGAACCACAUGGAUGAUGCUUGGAAAUUACUUUCUGUCAACCCUGCAAACAUAUUAGUAAUGGUCAGUAGCAGUAUUUAAAGGAAUACCGAAAACAUACCAUGCACGCCAGUCAAGCCAAAAAUACUAAACGAAUGACAGUUUCCAAAAGGAAUGCAGUGAGUGAUCGACCACGUGGAAUGUUGGCUUAAAUUCUGAAAGGCGUUUUUGAUCAUGAAAGAAUAUUUAGGUGGUGAUGUAAUACUGAUUAGCAUGCAGCAGACUCCUAUGGCAUUUCGGCCUGCUCAGGAGGUCGGCAUUUGAAAGUCACUUCUUUUCGACCUCCACUUAAGCAGUCAUUUUUGCCGAGUGUCGUUUCUGCAGAGGGUCGGAAGGAAGUGCAUUCAAAAACCGACAUCCUGGCGAGUGCGAACUAUUAUAGGAUUAAUGCGCACGAUAAACAAUAUGGCAACCCUACCUGUGUAAUCCUGCCUAAUCGAAAACGCAUUUUAGAAUUUCGGCUAGCAUUUCAUGAGAUCGGUCACGCACCGUAUGAACGUAAUUCUCCCCUUUGAAUAAACUCUCAGAAAGCGGCCAUCUAAUGAUGCCAAAUUAGCCAAAAAUUACAAUUCAAUCGUCAUAGCCCACCUUUUCGUGUCUAUGGGCGAUAGGAGUUCAUUGCCUUUGCUGGGGUUCACACUAUUGCACAGAUGUGACAUCUGCACUGGCGUUUCGAAAAUAACGCAUUUUUAAAAAAUUCCAUUCGCACUUUCUCUACCACAAGUAAGUUAAAACACUAUCCUAGUGACUUCUAGUACUUUCAGCGUCUGUGAAUGAUAAAUGUGGAAUCCUCAAAAAGAUGCGAAUUCUGCAAUCCACGAGAAUGAUUCCAGAGAAUAGGGACUGAUCGUGCACGGGAAUCACUCCGCAACAUGCGCUAACUGACAGACAACGCCGUGCAUGUCGACAGUACUGCCUGUGAUCGCAAUGGCAUCAGGGUCAUGCAUCACUUCAUUCGGUGACAAUAUUCCAACAGUUUCUCCAGCAAGUAUUGCUUUUGUAGGCAGAAUAGCAUUACCGACAAAGGCAAGAGAGGCUAGAACGGAAAUUUCUUGCUUACUGGCGGGCAUCAGCCAGCAAUAUCGAAGCACGAUGUGUGGAACACCUGGGGUUCGAUGCCGUAACCUGUUGGCUAGAAGUCCAACAACCAGUGAUCCACGGGCUCGCUGUCCUGCCAUCUGCGAUCGGGUACAUUAACAAUGACAGAGGGGUGCUCACCCAUCGCGUUAUGGAAUUCACUUGUCACGUUGUUCUUUGGGGAUCUCUCUUGAGCCCGCCAGCAGCCGUACAGCUGUCGAAUACCCACAGUGAAUCGACAGCACACAUAUUUAUUUCUGCUUUUAUAAUGCCUCCGAGCUCUAAACGCCUCCUUCUUGUAUUAUUGUAGCCUCCAAUAGACAGCCCCACCAUACGGUUACUCAGAGUGAGCACUUCGGUUUGUCCACCGGAAAGAAUUAACGCUUCUGACCGCGAACACAACCACGAUAUCGUUGUCAUUGUGAAAUCAGCCGUGUACAACUUCGAGGACAGACAAAACUUUCGCAGACUCUACGCCCAUCUGAGAAAUGCGAGCAGCGAUAAACGACCUUACCGUAUAGGAAUAGUGUUCAUGGUGGGCCUGCCCACAAUCGCAAGCAGCAAUUUCUUCCAACGCGAUGGUUUCAACAUCUCACUGCCCGGUCGCGCCGGCAACUCGCUCGUCAACAUUGGAAACCGCCGCGCCCAGAUUCGAACUCGACUGGAGAAGGAGAUGCGUGAACACGAUGAUCUCAUCGUGGGCGACUUCGAGGACACCUAUUACAAUCUGUCCCUGAAGAUGCGUCACACCUUCGUGUGGGCGGCCAGGUUCUGUCGCGAACGCCCUGCUUUCAUGUUCCUCGACGACGACUUUGGUUUCAAUGAGAAACGCCUCCAGGUCGUUCUUUCCAGUCUGCCGGCGGAUUGGCGGCGCAGAGUUUCCAUUUCGAAUACUCGCUGGAAUAGCCCCACAGUGCGUCCUAGCGAUUCUGCUGCAUAUCGGAAGUGGGCACUGUCGAAGCGGGAGGUUCCGUGGCCAGUGCAUGCGCCCUAUAGCAACGGUUACUUUUACAUGCUUGGUUACGAUCACGUGGCGGAUCUGGCGUUGGCCAUGUCCUUCACCAAGAGCAUUCCCAUUGACGACGUCUGGUUGGGUCUGGUGAUGCAUAGGAUUGGCCUCCAUUUCAACUUACCAACUGGGAUCACCAGCUCCAUGAAGCAUCAAGCCAAUGUCAGCGGGUAUAUUGUUUUACCCCUUAAUUCCCUCCUCACUGCAUCGACGCAAGAGCAACUUUAG